UCGGACUGUGACUCUUUACUCAGGUGUUCUCAGGUGUUCUCAGGUGUUCUCAGGUGUUCUCUGACCGGAGGACUGGUCGUGAACAGAGAUCAGCUGUUAGCUUUAGCACCGGAGGCUAACUGAACGACGCUAGCUGUUAGCCGAGCAGGACCGGAAGUGGCAGAGUGUGUAGAAGCUGAACAGUGUCUCUGUGUGAUGUCCUCGGCGCUGUAGUGUGUGGGCGGAGCUUCAGGAUGGACAUCCUGGUGGCCAAGCUGCUCGGCCUGCUGGGAUUGUUCGGCCUCAUGCUGGGCGGCGUGCUCGUCCCCGUGCGCCUCCUGCUGGUCGACCACGACAAGGCGCACAGGUACCGGAGAGCCAUGUCCGUCUGCAACUCGUUCGGAGGAGGAGUCUUCCUCGCAACGUGCUUCAACGCCCUGCUGCCUGCAGUCCGAGACAAGGUGUCGGACGUGUUCCAGCGGCUGCAGAUCGUCAGUGAGUACCCUCUGGCAGAGACGAUGAUGAUGCUGGGCUUCUUCCUGACGGUGUUCGUGGAGCAGGCCGUCCUGACCUUCAGGAAGCAGAAGCCGUCCUUCAUCGACCUGGAGACCUUCAACGCCGGCGGCUCCGAGGCCGGCAGCGACUCCGAGUACGACACGCCCUUCAUCUCUUCGGCGCGGGGCUCGCCGGGCGGCGCUCGGGGCUCUCGCGGACACCAGCACGGACACUUCAGCCCCGCGGAGCUGGCGGGGGCGGGGCCUCUGAGGCUGGCCAGCCUGGUCCUGGCUCUGUCGGCUCACUCCGUGUUCGAGGGCCUGGCGCUCGGCCUGCAGGAGGACGGCGCCAAGCUGGGCAGCCUCUUCCUGGGCGUGGCCGUGCACGAGACGCUGGCCGCCGUGGCGCUCGGGGUGAGCGUGGCCAAGGCGUCGCUCGGCAUGAGGGACGCAGCCAAGCUGGGGGUCACGGUCAGCCUGAUGAUCCCUCUGGGGAUGGUCGUGGGGAUGGGCAUCGAGUCGGCGCAGACGCUGGCGGGCGCUGUGGUGUCGGUGGUGCUGCAGGGACUCGCCGCCGGCACCUUCCUGUUCGUCACCUUCUUUGAGAUUCUGUCCCGAGAGCUGGACGACAAACAGGACCGGCUGCUCAAAGUCCUCUUCCUCAUCCUCGGUUACGCCACGCUCGCCGCACUCGUCUUCAUCAAGUGGUGACACGCGGGAAGUGCAGUGACGCACGCCGAUGCCAAAGGACAACUCUGAACUCCACGACAUCCAGCUGUGACGCAGAAACAUCUGGACGAACUCCUGCAGAGGUUCAGGAUGAUGAUGAUGAAGAAUCGGAUUUCUGACUGCAGGUAACGAAAAUCCACCAAAUCAUCGUUGGUACAAACCGUCAGUCCGUCAGCUUGGCGGUGAGCUC